ACGAGCGGUCUUUUGGUUUAAACGUUUAACGGGAGUGCGCAAGCGUAAUAAGCGGUCUCUUGAAUUGAAGACGAAGAAGAAAAAAAACAUAGAAUAACAAACUAAAAAAAUAAUGUUAUGUUUUUAUUAGAAAAAAAAACAUAAAGGCGAUAACAAUCAACAACUUAACCUAGAGUUACAUCGAGUGGGAUUAUCGAUAAUCAAAUAACAACCAUACGAACAAACUCUCUAAACUGCAACAAUAAAAAAAACGAAAGUGAAGAAAAACAAUUUUGUGGUGUGUUUGAUGUGUGUGUGUGUGAAUAUUUGAUGGAGGAUCAAUAUGAGCUGAUGUGUGUUUGUGUGUUGACAAGAAUCAAAGUGCAAUUUCUGCUAGCCAAUGAGUGUCUAUGAUUCAAAAAAAGAGCCUAAAACAAGUACAAAUUUGGAACAAGUGGCAACACACUCAUACAAAGAAACCAAAAUUUAAAUGUCAACCUAAUUUUGUGUGAAAAUUUUCUGCAAACCGCUACACAAACAUAGAACGACAAAAAAAAAAAAUCAUACAACUUGGUGAAGACAACUGUUAAUUGAGGUGAUGAGUGUUAGUGUUGUUGUGAGUACAAAUGUGUGCAUCAUGGUGUUUGCAUGUGCCUGCUGCAGCCUUCGAAACUAAAGCUGCUGCAAAAGAAUGAAAUUACCAAAAAAAUAAAAAAAAAAUUGAAUGUAAAUUAAAAGCAAAUUUGUUGCAAUUUGCCGACAAACUAUUCUGGUUUUCUGCGUGAGUUUCUAUUCCAUGCCAUCGUUCCCAAUAACGUUCUCAGUGUCACACAGUCAGUGAGUUAGUGAGCCUCUUUUUUUUUCCCAAGAAGUUUGGCGUCUAAGUGGAUUUUGUCACAAAUAAACGAAAAUCAAGCCCACCACCACCUGUUUCCUGCUAAUGUGCCUUGCUAACUUUGUUCUGUGUGUUUUUGGCAAAUUUUCAAUUUUAACAUCAGUGCUGUUGCGGUGAAUACCUGAGUGCUACACUCUUAAUUCGAGGCCAAGAAUAAAGGCGCGCGCGCAUAUUAGCAUAGCGCAGCAGGCCUAUCAUAUGGACGCACAAAUGAAAUGAACGUGAUACUCCCACAACAACGCAUAACUGUAGCUAGUCAAAAGAGGUACGGAACGGAAAUCAACUUUGAAAAAAAACCAAAAAACUUCAACAUAAAAUCGGGGGCGUAGAUUUUUGUUUUUGUAAAUUUCCUUUGGUCGACCACAAGCAAGUAAAACAGAACAGAAAAACACAGUCAUGUUAUUCCUUGCCACUCUUAUCCAUGAACUAAUUGAAAAUUCUAAGCGUAAAACUGCAACAAAUGACAAGACCUUCUGAACACCGGCAUACAACUAACCACCUCUCUCUAGAGUAGUAGCCCAAGGGUUCUAUGGUUUUAUUAGCAAACACUAAGAAGGCACUUUUAGAUCGCCGGCCAUUGGAAUAGGGUCAUAAUUGGCCUUAAACGGAACAGAAAACGGAAAUUCUUAAACACCAGAAAACGGGUCUCAGCUGUGCAGUUAGUUAAUUGUGACUGUUAAUCACUGAAACUUGAUCGCCAUCCCACCUCACGUCUCAACUCACAAAGAAAGGUGGCCGCCGCCACCAUAAUACCUCUUCCAAAAUGAUGGACUCACGCAUCGGCCUGGAUUACAUAGUCGAAAAUCGUGAUUAUAUUUCGAAAUUAGGCAACGCCUUAGACACGAAUAAUGCGGUGGUUAAGAAGCAAGUCUUUGAAUUACUCUCGGCCUUAUGUGCAUAUAAUGCCGACGGUUAUACGCGUGCCAUAGAAACAUUAGAAUUUUAUAAGAAUCUCAAGAAUGAACGUUAUCGUUUUAAAAUUGUCAUCAACGAAUUGGAAAAGGCCACAAAUUAUGAAUAUCAGGUCGCCCUGCUGGCAUUCAUAAAUUGUGUGAUCAUAUCAGCAGCGUCACUACAAGAUCGGAUACGAAUACGCAAUGAAUUUAUAGGAUUAAAAGUUCUUCCGCUAUUAAAUAAUUUAAGAAAAGUUGCACAAAGUGUAGGAGAUAUUAUUGUACAAUUGGACGUAUUCGACGAGCAGAGAGAAUGCGACGAAGCCCAAAGCCUACAAGGCCCAAAUGGCAUCAACCUAAACUCACAUCUUGACGUCUUCUAUGCGAUAUUAAGACAGGUGGCCGAUACACCACAGGAAGUACCAUUCCUUAGUAUACUGCAACAUUUGUUGCGCAUUGACCCCAAAGAACACGUAAGUGAUGUUGUCUGGGACACAACCGAGAAGUUAGUACACCGUGCAACGCUGUUGGAAAAUCAUGAAGACUCAGUGCGUUUACUGCGCACCACUACAGCACAGAAAUUUACAUGCCCCAAUUGUCGCAAUGAAGCCACUAGUCCCACGCGCAAAGCAAAUGCUACCAUAGCUCCCCCUCCGCCACCACCACCGGCUCCUGUACCGCCACCGCCACCAUUUAGUGGCGGUGGUACGUAUGGCGGCAGUGCAGCAGGAGUACCGACAGUGAUAGCAGCACCACCGCCACCUCCUCCGCCCAUGACUAUGUGUAACGGCCCACCAGCGCCGCCGCCUAUACCUGGAGCCCCACCUGCUCCACCGCCUGGUGGUAAUUUACUCUCUGCCAAGAACACCAUGCCUGCCCGCUCUCUAACGCCCGAACCUCGGCUAAAUGAUGUGCUGCUGCCGCAACAAGAUACUCCGGCGCCCAAAGCCAAAAUGAAAACUCUAAAUUGGGGCAAAAUACCGCCGCACAAGGUGAUUGGCAAACAGAAUCUUUGGACCAUAGUGGCGCAUAAUCAUCAAGACACUACGAUGGAGGAUAUCGAUUGGAACGAGAUGGAGGGUCUUUUCUGCCUACAAUCCACCAGUGCUCAGGGUUCACCCAAAUUGGGUAGGGCCGAUGGACCAAAUGCCUCGGGCAAUAGUGGUUACGAUACGCUGGAUAGAAAAUCAAAGAAGGAAAGUACCGAAAUCAAUUUGCUCGAUGGCAAGCGGACACUCAAUGUGAAUAUAUUCCUCAAACAGUUUAAGGGCUAUAGCUCCAACGAAGACAUUGUUCAGCUCAUACAUGAUGGCAGCCACGAUGUUAUUGGAGCCGAAAAGCUUAGGGGUCUCUUAAAGAUACUGCCCGAAGUUGAUGAAAUGGAUUUGCUGAAAACUUUCAAUGGGGACCGCCAGCGUUUGGGUAGAGCUGAAAAGUUUUUGCUGCUACUUAUGGAGGUUCCAAGCUACAAGUUGCGGAUUGAAAGCAUGCUAUUGAAGGAGGAAUUCGCUGCAAAUGUUACAUAUCUGGAUCCAUGCAUAAAUACAAUGAUUGAGGCCGCAGAGGAUUUAAUGAAUAGCAGAACUCUGCAAGAGGUUCUCUAUCUCGUUGUGGUGGCUGGUAAUUUUUUAAAUUCCGGAGGCUAUGCUGGUAAUGCUGUAGGUGUCAAGCUAUCAUCGCUAACAAAACUAACCGACAUACGAGCAAAUAAGCCCGGUAUGAAUCUCAUACAUUUUGUGGCCAUACAAGCGGAAAAGCGAGAUGCCAGCUUACUGAAUUUCACCAACGAAUUGAGUAAUCUAGAAAAUGCGUCCAAAACCAAUCUGGAGCAAAUUGGCAUUGAUAUCAAAAAUCUUGAUACACAAUUACAAAAAAUUAAAAAACAAAUCGAAAUGCCCAACACCGAUGAGGAUAUAAAAGAUCAAAUGAUGGAAUUUCUGCAGAGUGCAGAAAGUGAAAUUGCCGUACUGAAGGCAGGCAUGGAUGCGGUGGAUAAUAUGCGCUUAAAACUGGCCGAUUUCUUUUGUGAGGAUCCGGCAACAUUUAAGCUGGAGGAGUGCUUUAAAAUAUUGCAAACAUUCUGUGAUAAAUUCAAGCAGGCGGUUAAGGAAAAUGAAAGGCGCCAACAGUUGGAGGAGCAGGCCAGUUUAAGGCAGAAACAAAGGGAGGAGCAAAUGGCCAGAAGAGCCAAAUAUGCAACCCUCAAUGGUACACCUGGUUCAGAUUUCGAUAGCCAAUUAUCCUUGGAUUCUCCUUUCGAUCCCAGAGCUAGUCCGGCUUUGUCGCGCAAGCGUUAUGGUUCCUUUAACAAUGGCACCAUGGAUGUUAAUAACUCAUUUAUACGUUCUGAGGCUACAAAUGGCCAUUGUGAUGGCCUCUCGCCCGAUAUAACCCCCAAUGGUAGUAUGCGCAGGCGUCGAAGUCGUGUUCUAGCCGAAGAAGAUGAUCUUAUGGAAUUCCUUAGAACCUCCGGCCAUGAGCGCAAUAGUCGUGAUCGUAAGGCCGCCUAUGGAAGUUUGGAUCGCUCUUGGGCUCGGCGUGCCCGCUCAGGAAGUUCUAGUCGCAAACGUCCAGAUCUGUUAAACAUUGAUUUUGGAGCAGAUAGAGAAAGGGCUGCUUCACCUUUGCCCAUUAAUGUAAACGAAAAAGCAUCUCCCUUAUCGCCUAAUAGCGGUGAAAUUGGCCAACAAGCAAGCGAAGAAAACAAACCAAGAAUAUCUCGUGAAUGGCGUCAAAAAAUCGAAAAUUGGUUGCAAUCGAACGAAAACGAUGAAAAACAAGACGAGGAAUACAAACGUAAGCGACGUUUGGUUAACAUCAAUAGGCGAUCGCUUGAAAACGAUACAGAAAGCGAACGAAAACUGGAUACAUUGCCCGAAGAGAAAUUUGUACCAACUACACCGAAUUCUUGUACUAAAACAUCUAACACAACUUUAACGAAUUGCACCACUAACAACAGCACUCGAGAGGGCUACAAACGGGUAUAUCCCGAUUGGAUGCCCUCAAAGACUCUGGAAACCGAUGUUGUUGGCACCAUAGAAGCCAUAGCAAAUGUGAACAAUGCCCGUGAAAAUGCCAAAAGGCACAUGGAGAAGCCCAGCAUAUCAGAAUCGGAUAUCAAACACUCCGGUAGUCAUUCACAUUCCCUUAAUCACACAAACAGCGAAGAGGUGGUCUACAGAAGACAACGCUCAGUGGAAAAUAACGCCUCUCAAUUGGAUCCCAUAGCAGAAGAGGAUCGUCGCAAAUCGCUGAUAGCCCAACAGUUGGUGGAACGUGAUGCCAAUGAACGUCUGCAGAUUUAUAUACGGGCGCCCUCCACCCCAGAUCGGGAGGCUCAGCGACGCAGUUCCCUCGAGACAACAAAUAAGCCCGCAACAGUAUCACAAACUUCGAGUCGAUAUGAGACAGCUAGUAGUACCAAAGUUAACGCCGAUAGCCAUAAAUCCAAAUCUCCAACUCCUCCAAAUAGAUUCAAUUACGAUAGCAUUGCAAGAGUCCAUAAUACCUCAGGCGACAUGCAGACCUCGAAGCACAAGGAAAUCGAUGCUGAUAAUAUUGAAACCCCUCCAGUGACCAGAAGAAUUAUAUCUAGUCCUACUUCCACCUUGGUGACGGUCAAUCGACCCGAUACCUUAACUCAGGGUGAAGCCAAAACAAAUGAACAGCCUAACCCGGCGAACGAAGUGGAAUCCUCAGAGACACCUGGCCACUUUGAUCGUUAUUCACUGGCCCGGCGCACGAGACGCUACAAGCGUCCCACCGACUAUAGCAGUGGAAACGAAGAACAUACUUCAGCCAAAGAUUCUAGCGAAGAAAACUCUCUACACCAAAUAAACAAAUCCGAAGAAACACAAAAAUCUACCACACAAGCCGAAGGUAAAACAGCUCCUCCUGCGCCCACAGCUGUGGAGUUGAGCCAGUCCAUAGAAAAGCCUAAAAGAGGUGUUUCGGCCAGAACCAUAACCAAAUUGGAAAAAGUGGGGCGCCACAUAAGUUCCAUCAAUCAGGAAGAUGUCCAGGAAGCCUUGCGCAAUUUAAAAUCGCCCACAGAUGUGCCGGAACGCCUUUGGAGUCCGCCACGAGAAAUACUCAACCAACGCAGUAAUUUGGCCACCACCACCGCCAAUGGUUCCACCAUCAUAAAGGUUUCCAAUCAUGAGCUUAACGACGAGGGCUUUGAGGAAACCCAAAGCCUAGUCUCAGAUACACCUUCCCACGGCAAGGAGAGCAUAAACUCCUCCUGCACGGAGGCCAAUGAAAUCAACAAUAAAUUGUCACAAAAACCCAUGUCACAAAAAUCAACACCCAUACAGAAAAUUUCCAGUCGCCUAGCGGACAGGUUACAAAUUUCGCGUUUACGCUCAUCAACCAAGUCACAACCCAGCACCAAUGCGUCGACGACAGCUGCACCUCGUAGAACAGCAAGCGCUUCGGGGGAUAGAUCGCGAGCGGCACGCUUGACCAAUACACCUUUGGUUCAUGGACCGGCAAGUUCAACAGCUGCUGCCCAUAUGAGCAACUUUACCACAAACGCCAUUAGAAGGGCCACAUCUUUGCGUAAAACAUUACCGGCCACGGAAGCAACUGCAAACAGCCAUAAACGUGAUGUAGAGCGUAGUAGUUCCCGCAAUAGUUUACGAUCAUCACGUUCUUCCAUAAACAGUGCCACUUCCACGAAUACAGUGAAACGUAUGCCCUACAAGACAACACCACUGCAAACAGUGUCGGUGGACUCAUCACCCAGUAAAAGGCCUCUGGGUACACAAAAUAUUAAGACCUCUGUCAAUCGUUUAGGAGGCGGAGGUGUAGGUGGAGGCGCUGGAGUUCCCGCCAGUCGUUCCAGUUCAAGUGGCUCCAGUGUUAGUGCCAAUGUUGUUGUGGUUCGCAACAGAUUAACCUCAGCCUCCCCGGGUGGCAAUACUCAACGUCAUGUUAGCCACACAAACUUGGCCAACAGCACAAGUUUCAAGGAAAACCAAACAAAUAUCGGUUCCUCAAGACCACAAUCGGCUCGCUCUACGAUUUUGGUUAAAGCAACGAUAACCAAUCCCCAGUCAUCUCAAAGACCCUCAGCAUCAUCACGCAGUAAUUCCAACGUAAGAACAGUUAGCAGUUUUAUGCGGCCUACUGCCUCUAGUGCAACUAAACGCUCCAAAUGAGGGAGAACACCUCGGUGGGAGACUGUAAGAAAGCAGAUCUAUAACAUUCCAUAAGAGCUUGAGGAAACCAGAUGUUAACAAUAAUUUUGAUUAAUUUUUUUUUUCUUAAGGAAACAGGGUACAAAUUCUGGGUUUCCUUUACAGUACGUUGUCCAGCUAGAAUAUUUCGAUUUGAGUAAGACUUGGGGUCGAAUUACCAAGUUACGUGAUCGAGUGCGCUUUCGUAUCGAAUGAAAUUUCGACUCGACGAUUUUACUCGUUCACCUAUGCGAUAAUUCAGCCCCUGAAAGUUUUGGGAAAUCCAUUUAAAUUAGCAGAUUUUUGUAGUAGAUUUUUGUCUAAAUCCAAAUAAUUCCACCACUAGGCUUCUAAGAACUUAAAUGAAGGUAAUGUGGACCAAAAUCUUCGAUAUGUUACCUUACUAUUAUUCUGAGAGUUUUUGAGUACCCUCUUUACAGAAUUUUUGAAUACCGAUGCUUGCAAGCUUUCAAAUUUUAAAACUGUAAACCUCGCAUUCGAAAGAACCGUUAUAAUUUUUAUACCCACCACCAUAGGAUGGGGGGUUUACUAAUCUAGUUAUUCCGUUUGUAACACCUCGAAAUAUUGAUCUGCAACCCUUAAUUUUCAUAUAUGUCCGUCCGUCUGUCCGUCCAUUCUUGUGUCCGUCCGUCUGUAGAAAUCACGAUAGCGGUCCCGGCACGGAAUAGAUGUGAGCACCACACAGGCUGAAUUUGUAUGGUGUUCAUUGCUGUCACGAGAAUCUUAGCGGCGAGCUACCGGGCCCAUCCACAGGUUGCGGAUAGUGGAAUGCUCCAUACGGAGAAGCUACAACUGCAGUCGCGGACAAUCAGCGGUAUCGAGCGGAGAGUCUCAGUGAGAGGCCAGACGGACCCGGCUCUUGCACAAAUUCAGAGUGCCUAUGAUGCUCGAUACGAUAAGGCGGGUUAUUGGCGCAUUUAAAUAACCAAUGACCACUCUCUUCCCGCGGCGAUAGGUCCUUCGGACCGUAACAAGCCUGUAGGAGAGUUACAGGAGCUCGACGAGGAUCGCCACCACACAUGAAAUUUGGCUACAACAACAAUGAUAGCGGUCGAUCGCAUGGAGCUGUCUGCACGAAAUUUUGCACAGGUACUUUUUAUUGAUAUUAGGUUAGGUUAAAUGGGUCGCCCACCAAAUGUCAGUUCACUCGAAGGCCAGUUGAUGUAGGUCGUUGGGGAUGACAAAUAGGCCAGAUUUGGAUAUAGCUCCCAUACAAAGUGGUCCUUCGACUUGAUUUCUUGAGCUCCUGAAGCUGCAAUUAUUAACCGAUUGGGCUGAAAUUUUGCCCAUAGUGUUCCGUUACGACUUUCAACAACCGUACCAAGUAUGGUUUGAAUCGCUCCAUUACCUGAUGUAGCUCCCAUAUAAACCAAUCUCCCGAUUUGACAUCUUGAGUCCCCAAAAGCCGCUGCUGUUAUCCGAUUGAGCUGGCAUUCUGCACGUUAUGACUUCCAACAAUCGUGACAAGUAUGGUCCAAAUCGAUCCAUUACCUGAUGUAGCUCCCAUAUAAACCAAUCUCCUGAUUUGACAUCUCAAGCCCCUGGAAGCCUCUAUUUUUAUCCGAUGGAAGUCUUAACAGAACACUACACACAAAAUUUUAGCCAAAUUGGAUAAAACUUGCAGCUUGUAAAGGCUCAAGAAGAGAAAUCGGGAGAUCGGUAUAUAUGCGAGCUCUAUCAGGUUAUAGACCGUUUUGGACCGUACUUGGCAAAAUUUUAGUCAAAUCGGACAAAAACUGUGGUUUCUAGGGUCUCCAAAAGUCAAAUCGGGAGAUCGGUUUAGAUGGAGCAAUAUCUAAAUCUGAACCGAUAUGGCCUAUUUGCCAUCCCCAAAGACCUACGUCAAUAGGAAGUAUCUGUGCAAAAUUUCAAGCGGCUAGCUUUACGCGUUCGACCGCUGUCGUGUUUUCGAUAGACGGACGGACAUGGCUAAUGGAAUGGAAUAUUUCCAGGUGUUACAAACGGAAUUAGUAUACCCCCAUGCUAUGGUGGUGGGUGUAAUUUAAGAGUCUAGAGUCAGUGACAAGUUCUGCAUGCAUUUCUUGUGGAAUUUUUGCCGCUAGCGUUUUUUUUCAUAGCCACCACCAUAUGAUGGGGGCAUACUAAUCUAGUCAUUCCGAUUGUAACACCUCGAAAUAUUGAUCUGCGACCCCAUAAAGUCCGUCCGUCUGUCGAAAUCGCGAUAACGGUCGAAGGCGAAAGGGUAGCAACUUGAUACUUCUUAUUGAUGUAGAUCGUUGGAGGUUGGGAAUGGGCCAUAUCGUUUUAGAUUUGAAUAUUGCCCCCAUAUAACCUGAUCCCCCGAGUUGAAUUCUUGAGACCCUAGAAGCCUAAAAUUUCCUCCGAUUUGGCUAAAAUUUGGAACAAAGAACGUGCUAAGUAUGAUCCAAGUCGGUCCAUAAACAGAUAUAGCCCCCGUAUAAACCGUUUCCCGGAUUAGACUUCUUUAGCCCUUAGAAGCCCUAAUUUUCAUCUGAUUCGGCUGAGAUUUGAAACAAAGAUCUGUGUUAAGACUUGCAACAUACAUACCAAGUAUGAUCCGAAUCGUUUGUUAAACAGCUAUAGCCCCCGUAUAAACCGUUUCCCGGAUUAAACUUCUUGAGCCCUUAGGAGCCUUAAUUUUCCUCCGAUUAGGCUGAAAUUUGUAACAAAGAGUUAUGACUUGGAACAUCCAUGCCAUUUUGGAUCGGAUUUGACUUCCGAUCUCCGGAUUUGACUUCUUCAACCCUUAGAAGCCUCAAUUUUCAUCCGAUUAGGCUGAAAUGUGGAACAAAGACUUGUGUUAUGACCAUGCCAAGUAUGACCCGAAUCGUUUGUUAAACAGCUAUAGCCCCCAUAUAAACCGAUCCCCGGAUUUGACUUCUUCAGCUCUUAGAAGCCAAAAUUUUCAUCUGAUUUGGCUGAAAUUUGACGCAAAUCCCUAUCUUAUGACUUACAACUUAAGAGCCAAUUUUUAUCCGAAUCGGUCAAUAUGGUGAUGUAGGCCCCCCCUUAGUACCGAUAUCCCGAUAUGACUUCUUGAGUCCAAAAUAAUUCGAAUGCUAACUCAGUUAUGAAAGGCACAUUUUUAAUGGAAUCCAUGGUGGUGGGUGCCCAAGAUUCUGCCCGGCCAAACUUAGCACGCCUUUAAUUUCAGAAUUUGGCAGUUUUGAAGAGAUGUGGAAUGAAAACCAGUGGUUGUAUUCAAAGAAAUAGCGAAUCGACAUCAAAGGUCGGUCACUGGAAGUAGUAACUGCUGCCUUUGAAAGAAACGCAAGAGAGUCAGUGAAAAUGGGUCUGGCAGUAAAUGGAGAUUAGACGAAAUGGAUGGUUUCAACUCCCAAAACCCCUUGUGCAACCGAGAAGAUAAAGAAAAUGGAGAAAGUUGGGAACCACAACUUUGAGAUAGCCAGCAACUUUAUCUACCUCAGCACCGCUGUAAUCGAAACGAAUGA